GAACACAUGAGUUUCUGUUCUCUUCGGUAAUAGAUUUUGCUUUCAUUUCUCUUCCCUGUAGGAAUAACACGAGGACAUCAGUCACCAGUAGGUGGUAUAUAUUGGACGUUCCUGAUGCUAGGAUGGAGAAGACACAGACUUGUUCUGCAACUCUACUUUCACAUAAAAUCUGGACUUACCAACAGCAGAAGGAUGGCCAGUUCUUCCACAGACCUGAAGUCACAGAUGUUUGCCGUGGAGCCAAAUAGUUAUUCCCUUAGCCCCUUCUACUUUAGAACAUACAAUGGUGGACCUCCGGCUCCAUCUAUGACCCCCAAUGACUGGCCAAUGCUUGCUCAAGGACGACUUGCCUUUUCUGUAUGCAUAACUAGAGGUCACAGGGUUAAAACUGCAAGACUACACAAGUCAUUAGGACAAGAACUAUCUGAACAGCUUCCAGGCAGUGAGAUCUUAAGACUAAUCUCCUAUAGACCAAAUGACCUACAUGGGUCUCUAGAGAAGGGGUUUUUCAUUGUGUCCCCUCUUUGCUGCCCUGAUGCACAGAAGAGACUAUGUGACAUCCUCAGGGAGUACAGAAAGGACAUUCAGCUCUGCAGCUACAGUGAAGGAGAAGAACCUGAGAUCUGGCAAUAUCUAUGGGAAAUGGAAGGAGAAGCAAAGGAGGUGGCAAGAAGGUCUCCAGUACUAAGAGUGGAUGAACCAAUGUCAUCCCCAUUUGUCGAUAGUAUUAAAGGGUCUGCUGUGUUCUACUCACUGGAAGAUGCAUGCAGUAUAUUAAAGGAGUCUUCUGCAUUUAUCCCUGAAGCUCAGAAGGUUUUGGCCUCAGUGGAGCAGAGCAGAGUUCUGGAGAGAGGACACUUUCCCAUCAUUGUUAUUGAGGGCCUUGAUGCCACAGGAAAAUCCACUCUGACGGAGUCUCUUAAGACUCACCUGAAAGCAGAAUUGCUUAAAUCACCUCCCGAGUCCAUUAGCCAUUGGAGGACAACCUUUGAUUCAGAGCCAUCACUAAUCAAAAGAGCUUACUACGCAGUAGGCAAUUAUAUAGGAGCUACGGAAAUAGCAAAAACAUCAAAAACAUCUCCAGUUAUUGUGGACAGGUUCUGGCACAGUACAGCUGCCUAUGCUAUCGCUACAGAGAUGGGAGGGGGCAUCCAUAACCUACCAGACCACCACCAUGAUGUCUACCAUUGGCCAGAAGACCUUCUUAGGCCUGACCUUGUCAUUCUGCUGACUGUUUGUGAUGAGGAGAGAAUCCGUCGUAUCCGCAAACGAGGACUUCAAGAGACAAAAGAAGAGAAGGAGUUAGAAGCCAACAGUAUGUUCAGACAGAAAGUGGAAGAAGUGUACAAGAGGAUGGAGGACCCCAGCUGUGUUAUCAUUGAUGCCAGCCCCUCAAUGGAGAUGGUUUUACAGGAAGCGCUAUCUGUUAUAAAGAAAAAGUGUGACAUCUAACUGAGAUCAUCCAAAAUUGUAUAUAGGGAGGUACUAUAUCUCCCAGGAACAGCCCAAGCUGCUGCUGCUCACUCACCUGUUCUGUAGGAGCAGCGAGAAACCUGCACCCUCCACUCAUUUGUGGAUUCUAAUUUUAAAUGUGUACUCUGCUGCCCUCCAGUGGACAUUUGUUAUUACUGCUGCUUCUCAUUGUGGAUUGUAACUCUUUACCUACACACUAUUCUAUUACAGAUCAUAAUAAUAAUG